GCACCCCUCCGCGCGCUCACUCCGCCUUCAGUCGACGCUCACCUGAAACUAAAGUUCAACAACUUCUCACCUUUUGGCCUUAUUUCGCCCUCAACAUGUCCCAGAUUCACCCAGGCCUGAAGCGGGUCUUCACCAUCUUCAACAUCUUCUUCGCGAUUAUCGGGGGCCUGAUCAUCGGCCUGGCCCUGAUCGCUCAGAUUGUCACCAAUGUUGAAGGACAGUCCAUGGAAGAUCGCACCGUGGGCCUCAUCGCCCUCUAUGUCUUCGGCGCCAUCACCAUGGUGGUGGCUGGCCUGGGGGCCUACGGCGCCUGCAAAGAGAAGAAGGCCGCCCUGAUCGCGUUUCUGGUCUGUAUGGUCAUCGGCAGCUUGGUGAUGCUGCGCGUCGCCAUCCCCACCGCCAUCGCCCGCCCUGAGCUGGAGGAUCUCCUGGAAUCUAAGUUCCAGAGGUUUGUCCCGUUGACCGAGGCUCCAGAGGAAGUGAAGAACAUGGCCAACACCCUGCAGUCUCAGAUGCACUGCUGCGGUCUCUUCAGCUACGAGGACUGGAGGCAGGACAUCCCGGAGUCGUGCGAGUGCGACCCCGCGCAGUCGGAGAGCGAGAGCGAAUGCCGCAAAGUGGAUUACAGCGCUCUGAUGCUGUCCAAGACCAUCUACUCGAGGCCGUGCUUCCCCAUCCUCAUGAAGUACAUCCUGAUGGUGGCCGACAUCACGCUGGGCGUCGUCCUCACGCUCGCCGUCUUCGCCCUGCUGGGUUUGACGCUCUCCUCCAUCAUGAUCCACCAGAUGCGCUACCCCGACCGCCCCCCCGUCCUCCUCACCGUCCCCGCCGUCUUCGGCAUGCCGCCCCCCAAGUACCAGGAGCUGCACAACACCCCGCCUUACUGAGCUGAGCCUUCACCACCACUGUCCAAACUCGGACCCUUCCAGUAGCUUCGUCUUGUUUGGCCAGCUUUUCUCGUUCACUCUUACAUCUGAAAUCUGCUUAAAGUUGAAAAACGUUCACGUGAAAUCUUCUUCCAAGACGAUCACAAAGUUUGUGGGUUUCAAAUCCUCGUCACAUUGAGUAUGGUACACUCAAAAAAAAAUCUAUUAGAGGUUUUAAAACCUCCUGGUGAAGUCAGGUUGACUUAAAAAUUAGAAAAUGUGUAAAAAAAUGUAUUUGCUGAAGGGACUAGAAGUUAGUUACGUAUUUUUGACUUGCAAUGUAAGACAGAAAUAAAACUUUCUGAAGUGCUGCCGCUGUGUUUGAAUUCCUGAAAGCACCUUACUAUGGAGAUGUGGCGGAGCUCACCCAUUCCAGGUUUUUGGUUUAUUAAAAUGUGGGGGGGGAAAAAAGUGUUUUUCUUUGUUACAAUAACCUUUGUAUUUUUUUAAAAAAAAUCCUAUUAAAAUCUGUUAUUCAGAA